UACAGUGCGCAGCUACGGAAGCCUGGUGGGUUAACUUCCUGAGAAAAUGGCCAGCUGGAGAAGGGUCGCCGCCGCCUUGAGCAACGUUUUAAGGAGUCCUCGGUCUCUGAAAGCUGUAGUACUACGAAGCGCUGUCGGACCCGGUCUUCUGGGCUCACUUAUCGGAACCGGAGUUAUUUGUUAUUACCAGUAUCAUGCGAAACACAGGACUUUGCCCUUCGCCGUUCAUGCCGAGGUUCCACAAGAAGCCGCUGCUGCCCCCCCGUCCCCCAGAAGGCUCCGUUUCAACCAGUUCGCCUCGGUGGUCUACGAGCAGGAGCCCUACAUGACGGCCAGGGACUUCCUGUUCUCCGUGAUGCUGGAGAAAGUGGACCGAAAGCUGCAGAAGAAAAAUUUAACCUCAAAAGACGUUAACCGCAUGCUGGAGGUCGCCUCCAAAGCUCGGGCCGGCAACGAGCUGUUCAGAACCAUCGGCGACAACAGUUUGAUUUCCUACACGGAGUAUCUGUUCUUACUGACCAUCCUAACCAAGCCGCGCACAGGAUUUCACAUCGCUUUCAAAAUGCUCGACGUUGAUGGUAACGAGCAAGUGGACCAAAAGGAAUUUCUAAAGCUGAAGAAUAUAAUUAGGAAAAGUAAAACAAGAGUGCCCAAGGAGAGCACAGAGAAACCAUCAGAGGAAGAGGAAAGCUCCAAAACUACACUGCAGGCCUACUUCUUUGGCAAGAGAGGAGAAAACAAGUUGCAGUAUCAGGAGUUCCAGAUGUUCAUGGAGGACCUGCAGGCUGAAGUCCAGGAAAUGGAGUUCCUGCAGUUCUCCAGAGGUAUGGACACCAUGCGAAGAGAAGACUUUGCCGAGUGGCUGCUCCACUACACCAACGAAGAAGACAAUGAACUUUACUGGCAAAACAUCAGGAGGAGGAUCCCCGCUGGCCAGAGCAUCACGUUCGCUGAGUUCAAAGCUUUCUGCCUCUUCGCCAACAACCUGGAGGAUUUUGCCUUUUCCGUGAAACUGGUGACUGGAGCCAACCGCCCCGUUGGGAUGGCCCAGUUCAAACGAGCCGUGAUGAUCGCCACGGGCCACAACCUGUCUGAGAACGUGCUGGACACAGUGUUCAAGCUGUUCGACAUGGACGGAGACAACUGUCUGAGCCACAAAGAGUUCAUGGGGGUGAUGAAGGACAGAGUGCUGAGGGGGCUGAGGGUGCAGCAACAGAACGGCCUGCCUGGCUACUGGAAAUGCGUAAAGCAAGAGACCCUCAAGGCAGCUCAGGAAGCCCUGGGGGGCAACACCGGAUGCCCCUUCUGAACCAACGCAACAUUACCCACAACCACUGCUGGCCUUCGUAGCGUACAACCAGGCCCGUGUCAAGAAACAAAGGACUUACACCACUAUGUUGAGCACAAAUGAUACAUGUACAGACCAAACCUGCGCUUUGCUGUUAACUAUGGGGUGGGUUGUAGUUUACAAUAUAUAUAUUUGAUCAUUUCCGGUGUUUUAGCAGUCAUUCUUAAUCAAGUUGUGGAUUUUAUGUUCUACAUGGCUGAUGGCUUUGAAAUUAUCUUUUAACUCUACAGUUUUCCCUCCCAUUAGAGGGGAGGGGGCUGCAUCUGGCCCAGAAAUGUGUUGACCUCCUUUUAGGUUCUACGUGUUAAUGCACUUACUAAUUAAGGGCUACUUUUUGGGUGUUGGGUUUUUGACAUUCAUUGUCCUCCCAUAAUGAAAUAAAGUACAAAAAUACCAUUGUGGUUCACUUGUGAGGCUGAAAGAAUAAAACAAGUAACUUUUUUAA